AUGAAUCGUAUUUUUGGUUUUUUUACAUUAAUUUGUGUUGCAAUAUCAACAACUCAGUAUGCCGAAGUGCACGCUUUACCUGCACCAAUGGAUCCUGGACGAAUGGACAUGGCAAUGACAAUGGAUGCUGAUAAACUAAUGCAAAACCUACAUGGAAUGGGAUUCACUAAACCCAACCAAGACAACAAACCUGAGGAUGACGAUAACUCUGACGUGAACGAUUGGGAACCAUCUAACGAAAGACAAACCGUAGAAUCAGAAGACGAUGAAAAAUCAUCAUCAUCUUCAUCUACUGAAGCUGAUUCCGAAACAUCAAAUGACGAAGUUGAAUCUGCCGACUCCGCUCGAACAAGUGAAGACACUACUUCACAAGCAAAGGCCUCAUCUGAUGCUGAAAGUGACUCGCAAUCAUCUGAAAAACAAAAGAAUAGACAAAAAUCAACGAACACAAAUACAUCAACAUCAUCGACUAGUUCAUCAAAAGGACAAACCGCAAAAUCAACAGGACCAACAUCAACUAGUUCAUCUGCUACUGCUACUGACUCAAGUUCAUCAGGUUCACAUAAUGGCUCAUCGAGUGACGGAGAGGAUGCUUCAUCAUCAUGGACAAAUAACGCUGCUUCUGCCGCUGCUUCUUCAGCAUCAUCUGCUGGUAGAGGACGAAACAAUGGAUCAAGACCAUCUAACAAUGGACAAUCAUCAUCGGAAUCAGCGAAAUCAGGAUCAACGGCGGCUGCUUCAUCUAAUGCUGCUACUGGCUCAUCAGGUUCAGAUAACGGUUCAUCAGGCGAAGAAACGCAAUGA